UUUGUCCACACGGUACAACUACUAUUAGAACACUCACUAGCCACUAUCUUCUCCCAAAAAUUUCAAAAAUCAAAAUACAAUAUUGAGAUUUUAUCUCUUAGCCAUCAGCACCCAAGUCAAGUGUCCAAGUCCAACCUUAAACUCUAAUCUAUCUCUCUGUUUCAUUUCAGUGUUUCUCUCCCCUGUUAUCUCUAAACUGAACGUGAUUUCUGCCACUUUUGCGCGUCUGCAUUUAGCAUUUUCUUCCCUUCACAGCUACCACUAGAGGACUCAUUACUCACAUACCCUUCUGCACAGAGUCAAACCAUAACCUUGUUUUUCCUCUCUAAACCCAAGAAACCACAUAAAAAAACAAACUUUUUUGACACACAAUUGUGCUGAAUUUUGAUGGGUGCAGGGGACUACUACAAGAUCCUCAAGGUGAACCGAAAUGCUACCGAUGAGGAACUGAAGAGGGCGUAUAAGAGGUUGGCCAUGAAGUGGCACCCAGAUAAAAGUCACCAACAGCACCAAAUUACCAAAGAAGAAGCUGAAGCAAAGUUCAAGCAGGUUUCUGAGGCUUAUGAUGUUCUCAGCGACCCCAAGAAGCGCCAGAUCUAUGAUUUCUAUGGCCACUAUCCCCUCAAUUCUACGAAGGUGACUGAGAAAAGUGAUGUGGGUGUUAGGGUCCCCAAGGAUGAGAAAGUUGGGGUGGUUGAGACCAAGUUGGUGUGUACCCUUGAGGAGCUUUACAGAGGUUGCAAAAGGAAGUUGAGGAUCUCAAGGACUGUUCCUCAUGAAUUUGGCAAGUUGAAGACUGUGGAAGAGGUCUUGAAAAUAGACAUCAAACCUGGUUGGAAGAAAGGCACAAAAAUAACAUUUCCAGGGAAAGGAAACCAACAAGCAGAAAACACUGCUCCUGAUGAUUUAAUCUUUGUGGUGGAUGAGAAACCACAUGCAUUUUUCAAAAGAGAUGGAAAUGAUUUGGUAGUCACACAGAAAAUCCUACUUCUAGAGGCUCUAGUGGGAAAGACACUGAACAUGACAACCUUGGAUGGAAGAGAACUCACAAUUGAAGUAACAAAAGUUGUGAAACAUGGUUAUGUGUUGGUGGUCCCAAAUGAAGGAAUGCCAAUUUCAAAGGAACCUGGAAAGAAAGGAAACUUGAGAAUCAAGUUUGAUGUUAUGUUCCCAUCAAGGCUUACCGCUCAACAGAAGCAUGAGCUGAAAAGGAUUUUGUGCAACACUCAUGACUAAUUUACUCUUGUUGUAUGUCUGUUGGCCUUUUCCCUAUUAACAAGCUUGAGAGGUCAGUUUACAGUGUAAAUAUCUAAAUACACCUUUAGUCUUAGACAUGAAAAAGUGUGCAUAAUACAAAUAAACCAAGCAUGUUACUACCAUGUCUGCAGUAUGGUGUAGUUUUUGAAUAAAGUGUUUUCAGCUGCAAAAAUGGUCUUGAAUUGUGUUUGUCAGUAUUAUAAUGCAUUAUUGGUUGGAAGUAUU